CCCCGCGCGGGCCAUAGCGACGGCGGGCGCGCCGAAGAUGGCGGUGCUGGUUUUUCCGUCGCUGCCGGCUUCGUGAGCGCGGCGCUCGCUUUUCCCCCUGUCCUGUCCUCGCUCCUGCACCCGGCUCCUCCCGGCUGCUCUCAGCCUCUUAUUCCUCGCCGGGGCCAUAGAGAUCAUGUCAGACUCGGAGGAGGAGGAGAGUCCAGACCGCCAGCUCAAGCUGGUGGUGCUGGGGGACGGCACCACUGGCAAGACAUCCUUAGCUACACGUUUUGCUCAAGAAACAUUUGGAAAACAGUACAAACAAACCAUAGGACUGGACUUCUUCUUGAAAAGGAUAUUAUUGCCAGGAAAUUUGAAUAUUACUCUUCAAGUUUGGGAUGUAGGGGGACAAACGAUAGGAGGCAAAAUGCUGGAUAAAUAUAUUUAUGGAGCUCAGGGUAUUCUCUUGGUUUAUGAUAUUACCAAUGGCCAGAGUUUUGAAAAUUUGGAAGACUGGUAUAAUGUGGUAAAAAAAGUGAAUGAAGAAUCAGAAACACAGCCACUUGUGGCCUUGGUUGGAAAUAAAACAAACUCGGGUGAGCUAAUUAUAUUGGUCCUAGCUCCUGGAUUUCAGAGAAGCAGCCUCAUAUUUGACUUGGAGCACAUGCGCACAGUGAAAGCUGACAAGCACCAGCGAUUUUGUCAGGAAAACAAUUUCAGUAGCCAUUUUGUGUCAGCCAAGACAGGAGAUUCUGUCUUCCUAUGUUUUCAGAGAAUUGCUGCUGACAUACUCGGCAUCAAAUUAAACAAAGCAGAAUUGGAACAAUCACAGCAUGUUGUCAGGGCAGAACUAGUGAAAUAUCCUGAAGAAGAUAACCAGCAUCACACUUCCAACUGCCAGAGCAAAGUCUGCUCAAUGCAGUAGUUCAGAGGGUGGUGAAGGCAGAUAUUGUCAACUACAGUCAGGAGCCUGUGACAAGAAGCGUUAAUCCUCCCAGAAGCUCAAUGUGUGCGGUUCAAUGACCACGCUGCUCUUCUCUGGUUUGAUACCUGUGCAGUUCUCCUGCCUUGACACAGGCUCGGGGAUUACCAGGAACUUUAACAGGGACCACCGCAACAAUGCAAUUAGAGGUUUCGGAAACAUGUUGCACCCUUGUCCAUUAAGAAGCAGCAGGCAGUUGUUUGACUGGCUGAAAUUCAAAUAUGUGUGAGACCACACAUUUGAAAAAUUAAGGUCUAUAUUCUUUUAAAUUAUAUUUAAAUAAAACUGUAUAACUGUGUUUAUGUUUUCUCCUGUCUAUUUGACUGAUACCAGAACAAAAAUGGAUGAGGAAGCUCUGCAUUCAAAAUGCUUUUAAAGACAUCAUCAUGGAAGUGUAUUUUGCCAAAGCAUUUUAAAUUUUUUUUUCUCCAGUUAUUUGAACUAACACUCAGAAAAAUGUUACUUGGAAAAGCUGUUGCUGGAAUAAUUUUAAACAUAUAAUAUAUUUUAUCUAGGGAUAAUUUUGAAAGUGUUCCAUUAAUAUAUAUAGUUAGCACAAAAUGUAUAAAUUGUAUCCAGUGAGAAACAGUGCUUGAAAUAAAGCUGUUAUUAUAAAAUA